GGGCUUGGUCAUGCUGAUGGCGGUACUGAUGAUGGUGGUGGCGGCGCUGAUGAGCUGCCGCCGGUGCUUGGCCAGCGAGCGCAGUCGGUGUCCGUCGGUGGCCGGCAGAGCGAGGACGAUGAUGGUGGCGGUGGCGGCGGGGGGAUGCCAGUCAGGACAGCGGAAGGCGCAAUGGUGUGGGGGCUGGAGGCCGUGGGCGUGGGGUGACGCUGGAGGAUGUGCUGCGGCCGUUUGGCCCGCUCGAGGCACUGCAGGUCGGCGGCGGUGGCGGCGGCGGCGACAGCAUGGGCACGAUCGAGGACAACCCGUUCUACCAAGAGGUGACGACGCGAUAUGCACACCUCCAUGGGCACGCGUCGGCGAAAGGGUACGCGCUGGCGGUGCCGCGGGCGUCGUCGCUGGCGGGAUACGUGGUCAACGAGGCCGCAGUGAUGAUGCACGUGCUCAUGCCUGCAGCGUCAGAGACCGAGUUUAUCACCAUGGACCGGCGGCAUGUGACGCUGGACAAGGAGCAUGGGGUGCUGAUCACCGGGCGUGGCUUCCGCGAGUCGCGAAGCGUGGGCAUCCAGUUUGAGGAAGUCUUCUACAACGCCGACUUUCAGCCGUUCACCAUCUUUUGCAUUGAGGAGCCGCUUGAGGGCGGACUCUCGUUUCUCUUUGCCACCGAUGACGACGAGUUUGAGAGUGGUGGAGCAAGCGGCGGGGCAGACGGUAGCAGCGGCGGCGAGGAGACCGGGUGCGGCGGGGCGGGCGACGGUGGCAGCGAGAGCUCACGCGACCUGUACACGCUGGACGUUUUUCCGAUCACCCAUACGUAUCCCGAGUACGUGUCACUGCUGACACGUCUGGCGAGUGCGUCGCUGGUGGGGUCGAUUGUACCUGCACUGUGCGAGUUCAACCAGACUCCAAUCAACCCGCAGAACAACCACGCGUACACUGUGCGGCGGUUGCGGGCGCUGUGCGACGCGACGUUGACUGAGCUCGAGGUCAGCGUUGACGGGAUUCGCGAAGCGAUUGCGAGCGAGCCGCAGUACCAAGUCCAACUUCAGGUGGCGGUCGAGUCGUUUGUGCUCGGCGGGGUGAACACGCAUCUCUUUGCGGUGCUAUGUCAGUACCACGCGCGGCAGGAGCGGCGUGUUCAAGCCGGAAUUGCGGCGCUGGGGGCCAUGGGCCUCGACGAGAUGGACGUGCGGCCGGAGCUCGCCGGAUGUGAGCUGGGCGAGGCAAGCCGAAUGGUUGAGCUGCUACGUGAGUGCCGGACGCCAUUGGAGAAGAAGAUGGUUGUUCGCGCAACAUUGCAGACGAUCACCCUCGCUGUGGAAACGCAUCUAGAGGCCGGAGCGGAGCCGCUCAACGCGGACGACAUGUUGUGGCUGGUGGUGUACGUGCUGUGCCGGGCCGAGGUGAGCCACUUGUACGCUCAUGUGGUGCACAUGCGCGAGUUUACAUUGUACUCUGCAUCACUGCAAGAACUGGCUUACUAUGUGGCGUCGCUCGACGUGGCGGUGGCAUUCCUCGCGCAGCGGGGCGGAACGAACGUCACGUCUGACGACGACGAUGAUGACGACGAUGACGUGGACGAUGGCGGGGUGGAGGCCGCGGCGGGGUGGAGCGCUGCCGGGGCUCACGAGCUUGUCAACCAGUCACAGGAGGCGGUAGCGCGCGAUGCGGCUGUUACCACUUGACCUGGGCCUGGGAAGCGGACAUGUCGCCCUCCUCAACGGCGACGACGUCCCAGUACGACGACUUGAACUUGAGGUAGUCGACCGUGUGAUCGUAGCCCUCGCCAGCGUAUUCUGUAGUGUAGCCGGAGCCCGAAUCAAAGUCUUCGGGCGACUCGGAGGUGCCAGACGACUUCUUGUUCUUCUUCUUGCCAGCCUUGGAGGACUUGCUGGGUUUGGCUGGCGGUAGGACAGCGUGGUCACCGCUGAUGCCGGACGAGAGGUCG